AUCCAUCCAGUGGUAGAAAUGAAAGUGGUUCUGGUGCUCGUCAGUGUGUUCUUCACUAAAGCACUAGCACUGCAGUGUUAUGAAUGUGUCGAGGACUCGCCUCAGACUUGCGAAAGAAGUCAGGAAUGUCCAAAUGAGUGUACCAGCAACACUGCCACCUUAACCCUGGGUGGCGUACAGCUGGCCCAGAGUAUGUGGUCUUGCCAACCAUCAGUCUUGUGUGUCACGGGGAGAAUCAAUGCAGGGUUUCUGAAAGCGACCGUCAACUCCAAAUGCUGCCAGACUGACCUCUGCAAUGACCAAGUAGUACCAGCUUUACCGAAACAGUUUCCCAAUGGGAAGAAGUGUUGUGCCAAUCAUGACUGCUCAAAAACUGUGAACUGCGAGGGAGAUGAGGAUCGCUGCAUUAACGGAUCAGUUAUUCCAUAUGUUAAGGUGUCUCUGAAAGGAUGUGCCAGCAAGAGCAUCUGUGAUGGGCUCGUGUCCAUCACACGGCACUUUAAUGUGACUGCGGAUGUUAAGUGCUGUAAGGGGAACCUGUGUAACACUGCUAUCAGCAUUAAUCUGAGUCUCCUCUUCAUGCUGGGGUCUCUACUGGCCUCCAUCCUCUUCCUCUGAACUAUUUCAAGCCCUUUUCAGGAAAUACUGAAACUAAAACAUCAGCUUUUAAUAGAAAAUUUAAAUUGCCAUCAUCUCCACUGCUGUCCAGUUUACUGAUUAACAUGUUUGCUGUAACUUCAGACUUUAACUUCAGGUUCUUCUUCAGAAAUUCUUAUCUGGGCCUUGAAGUGAUCAGUUUAAUGUGUUGCAUAAAAGAACCUA